GUUGACGUCACAUUCAAGGAUAUCCCGGAACACCUAUAUGUUUCGACUGAGAUAACAGGUGUUUGACCAGUCAACUAAAUUAGGUGAGUAAUAUCGUCCGACAUUUACUAAAAAGAUCGUUUAAAAGCUUGGCGUUAAUAUUCGAAUAGUGUUUAAUUAAGAUAUAAAGUGAUCGUGACUUGACUACCUCGCGUAUUUAAGUACUCCACCCUGUGCGUUAUUCGUCCUCGAUCGCCGGCACGUACACGUCAAAGGUAUAGAAUUUUUCUUGGUUAUAUAGACUAUCUGAAUAGCUAAGCAUUUUUACUUUAGUCACAACCGGAAUUAGUACAUAGUUAAAACGUUCAAAUCCAAACGAUUAACUGUCAGACUAGGAGUUUAUAUAUACUAAUAUAUAUAUAUAUAUAUAUAUAUAUAUAUAUAUAUAUAUAAAAUAUUAAACCACUAUAAGUGUAAAAAAAAGAGAAAAAAGGAAAGAAAUAGAGUUAUGUUGAAAUUGAAGGAAAGAGGCGAAUUGAUUUGUCUUCGUAAUCCUUGUUCAUUGGUUAUACUGUAUUUUCGUUUGACACGUCUAUUCUAUUAUAUAGUGUGUAAGAAUCUUAAAUAAUACAUAUACUAUUAUAUAUAUAUAUUUCUUUGUAUUUCUUUUAACUUCCUGUAUUAUAUCAUUCAAAAUAUUGAAAGAAUCGGCGUAAUUUCGGUUAAAAUUUGAAAUAUUCUAAUAUCAAAAUUAAAGAAAAGAUUAUCGAAGAGGCGUGAUAGUUUAGAUAGAUAUGGUUAAGCCUAAUAUUUAGUAUAUAUACUUGUAUUGUAAAAGAAACAUCCAGAAGAUAAAACACGAUCUACAACCGUGACAAUUGUUAUUAAACAUUUUAUACAGGUGUUUGUCAGGUAACCGAAUAUGGACGACAAUAAAAGAGUUUGGGUCCCACACCAGACGGAUGGUUUCAAAUUGGGUCGGAUAAUCGAUUUAGGUUCUGAUUCAAUUUCUGUUGAACCUUUCGAUACACCAGGCCAGGCAAUAAGUGCACCAUAUGAUAGAGUAUUUCCGGCUGAAGAAUACGAUAACAAGGAUGUUGAAGACAAUUGCAGUUUAAUGUACCUGAAUGAAGCUACACUGCUAAAUAAUUUACGGAUUCGCUACAAGAAGGAUGCCAUCUAUACAUACGUCGCUAACAUCUUAAUUGCUGUUAAUCCAUACAAAGAUGUGUCACAUUUGUAUGGGACUGCCGCUAUUAAGAACUAUCAGGGUAAAUCCCUUGGCACUGUUCCGCCUCAUGUAUAUGCAAUUGCCGAUAAAGCUUAUCGUGAUAUGAAAACUUUGAGAGCAAGUCAAUCGAUAAUUGUUUCGGGAGAAUCAGGUGCAGGAAAAACUGAAUCAACAAAAUACAUACUAAAAUAUCUUACUGAAUCAUGGGGCACUCACGCCGGACCGAUUGAGGAUAGAAUAAAUGAAUCUAAUCCAUUGCUAGAAGCAUUUGGAAACGCUAAAACGGUCCGCAACAAUAAUUCAUCAAGAUUUGGUAAAUUUGUCGAAAUUCACUUUGAUAAGAAGAUGCUUGUAGCUGGCGGUUAUAUCUCGCAUUAUCUAUUAGAAAAGAGUAGAAUUUGUACGCAGAGUCCUGAAGAGAGAAAUUAUCACAUUUUUUACAGAAUGUGUGCAGGAGCUCCAGAGACUUUAUACAAUAGUCUUAAAUUAGCUGCACCAGAUCAAUUUAGGUAUCUGAAUCGUGGGAACACUCAAUUCUUUUCUUCAAACUCCGAUUUGGCAUCGAAUAGGAAAAGUCAACAGUUCCUCAAGUCUGGAAGCUUGAAUGAUCCUGUGAUGAAUGAUAUUAAUGAUUUUGCAGUCACUGAUAAAGCGCUUUCUUCUAUGGGUAUGGAGGAUCAAACUAGAAGCUUAAUAUAUUCGGUUGUUGCUGGCAUUCUUCAUCUUGGAAAUGUUUCAUUCGAAGAUGAUCAUGAUGAUAAGAAAGGUGGUUGUAAGGUGACAGCUGACACUGAACGCUUUUUACAAAACGCCGCUCAACUUUUGGGCGUCGACGAGAAAGAUCUUAAAUCAGAAUUAACUUCAAGAGUUAUGCAGUCCGCGAAGGCUGGUAAAAGUGGAACGGUAAUAAAAGUCCCACUUCGUCAAAGCGAAGCAAACAAUGCAAGAGAUGCUUUAGCCAAGUUUAUCUAUGGAAAGCUAUUCGAUUAUAUAGUAAAGUGUGUUAAUCAAGCUUUACCGUUUCAAAAUUCUCAAAACUAUAUUGGUGUUCUGGAUAUCGCUGGAUUUGAGUAUUUUCAAGUUAACAGCUUUGAACAGUUUUGUAUCAAUUAUUGUAAUGAAAAAUUACAACAAUUCUUUAAUGAAAGGAUUUUAAAAGAAGAACAAAUUUUAUACGAAAAGGAAGGUUUAAAUGUAAAGAAAAUCAACUAUAUUGAUAAUCAAGAUUGCAUCGAUCUCAUUGAAAAAAAAUCGAUUGGUAUUUUUGAUGUAUUAGACGAAGAGAGUAAAUUACCUCAACCAAAACCGGAUCACUUUACUAGUGAAGUUCAUUCGAAAAAUAAGAAUCACUUUCGUUUGUCUAUACCUAGAAAAUCGAAAUUAAAGGCUCAUAGAGAAGUUAGAGACGAUGAAGGCUUCCUUAUUAGGCACUUUGCAGGUGCUGUAUGCUAUCACACUAAGCAGUUCAUUGAAAAGAAUAACGACGCUUUGCACUUUUCUCUGGAGAUGAUUAUCUCGGAGAGUAAAAGUCCUCUUGUUAAGGAGAUUUGCUCUCCAGAUCCAAAUGCUAAAAAGGUUCAAACAAAAGGAAAGCUUGCGUUUAUAUCAGUUGGAUCGAAAUUUAGAACUCAAUUAUCAACUCUUAUGGAGAAGCUUCGUUCAACUGGAACAAGCUUUAUUCGUUGCAUAAAACCCAAUUAUAAAAUGAUUUCGCAAUGUUUCGAGGGUAUGCCAAUUCUUAUACAACUUCAAUGUUCUGGAAUGACAUCCGUUUUGGAGUUGAUGCAGCAAGGUUACCCGUCUAGAACUCAAUUUUCUGAACUGUACAACAUGUAUAAACAAUACAUGCCUCCUGAUAUUGCUAGGUUGGACGCUAGAUUAUUUUGUAAAGCUUUGUUCAAAGCUCUUGGAUUAAACGAAAUGGAUUUCAAAUUCGGUCUAACAAAAGUAUUUUUUAGGCCAGGAAAAUUUGCGGAAUUCGAUCAAAUUAUGCGAUCUGAUCCUGAAAAUCUAGCACUACUAAUUAAAAAGGUUAAAAAAUGGUUGAUAUGCAGCAGAUGGCGUAAAGCCCAAUGGUGUACACUUUCUGUAAUAAAACUCAAGAAUAAGAUUUUGUAUAGAAGGGAACUACUCCUUCUCUUACAGAAGACUAUUAAAUCGUGGUUGGCUGUUAGGGAAUAUAGACCACGUAUCAAGGCUGUUAGUAGAAUACUGGCUUUGCACGAUCAAUUAUCUGCCGUUGAGCCAAUUAUACCGCAGUUGAAAAAGGAUAAAGAUUCAGCAGCCAAAUCAGUUAAAAAGGUCAAAGAACGACUUGGAGAGGUUGUCGCUAAAAUACGCCAAGGAAAACUGGUUGCUGCCAAAGAUUUGGAAAAAUCAUAUAGCGAAAUGGUUAAGGAAGUUGAUAAAAAUGUUAUGGAUAUUAGAAAGUUGCUCGAAAAGCAAAAGGCGGCCGACGAAGCGGAUAGGUUAAGAAAGAUACAGGAAGAAAUGGAGAAAAAUAAGAAAUUGAAAGAAGAAGAAGAAAGAAAGAAGAAAGCGGAAGAGGAAGAAAAACGUCUAAAAGCGGAAAUGGAAUUGAAGAGGAAGAAGGAAGAGGAAGUUGCUCGUAAAGCUGAAGAAGCAGAGAGAAAAGCGGCUGAAAAGAAUGCCGGUAAAAUACAAAAAGAAAAAGAAGAAGCUGCUAAAAACCAAGAAAGAUUGGAACAAGAAAGAAGAGAUCGUGAAUUGGCAUUAACACUAGUUAACGGAGAACAGGGAGCCGUUGAAGAAGCUGCUCCAACUGCAAGUGCUGGAAAGCAGGUUGGUAAAUACGACCUGACUAAAAUGAAAUAUGCCGAAUUAAGAGAUGUGAUAAAUACUUCCUGCGAUAUGGCGCUAUUAGAUGCCUGUAAAGAGGAAUUUCAUAGAAGAUUAAAGGUGUACCAUGCUUGGAAGACAAAGAAUAAACAGCAAAAGGCUAUGGAAAAUCCGGAUGCAGGUCGGGCUCCUAAAGCUGUUUUGGAAAGUCAUUCCAUUAGUGGCUUGUCCCAAUCUAAACCAACAAAAGGAAUGGAAACUCAACGCUUCUUUAGAAUUCCUUUUCUCAGACCAUCUGAUAAUAAUCGUGGAGAUGGAGCACCGAAGCAGAAAGGUUGGUGGUACGCUCAUUUCGAUGGCAAAUGGAUUGCUCGCCAAAUGGAGCUUCAUCCGGAGAAAAGUGCCGUUCUCUUAGUUGCUGGCGUUGAUGAUAUGAAAAUGUGUGAGUUAAGCUUAGAAGACACUGGAUUAACUAGGAAGAAGGGAGCAGAAAUUCUGGAAUGCGAAUUUGAAUCAGAAUGGUCAAGAAAUGAAGGAGAUCGAAUACUUAGUAAUGCUGGUAGACAAGUUACUUCAAAAUAUCUUCAACAAAAGCUAGGAAUUCACUCUUAAUCUUUUUUUUUCACAAUUUGUGCUUUAGUUUCCUCUCAUUCGAUAAAGAAAUAUUUUUUUUCAAUACAUUCGAGAAGUAACUUUUGUUCACUCACCGAAUGUUUCUAAUUCAUGUUUAAAAAUUUUAUUAUUCCCUAUCUUCUCUCUUCCCUUUCCACUUGUUUAUCAGAGGGUUUAGCAAAAUAACAAACCUAUUCAAGACAUCAUGUUCGCUUAUUUUUGUCCUCAUUCUUUGCCUUCUUUCUCUCUCUUUCUCUUUCUCUUUGCUCUUGGAGUAAGGAUCGUAAUAUUUAUUGAACCUUGUUAUAAUUUCAUUUUAAAUAAAUGCUAAUUAGUUAAACUUUUCAAUGAGUUAACAAGAAAGUACAAUCAGCUUUCUUUCCAUUAAAAAUCUCUUCUUUCUGUUUGUUUUUUUUUUAAUAAAAAAUCUAUAACAACUAACAUUCGUACGUUUAACAUUUAUAUUAUCUUUUAUCUUUAAUUAAUUUUAACUAACAAUACUACUACAAAAUCACUCCUCCUCCUUCCUGCUCUUCUUCUCUUUCAAUUGUAUAUUUUUUCUUAUUCAAGGGGAAAGUUUAUUGUCCUUCUCUUCUAUCCCACCCUCUUACUCUCUCUCUCUCUCUCUGUCUCUCUCUUUUUCUCAGUUAGGUCAUCACUCAUUUUUCUUUUUCUAUCUUUGCAAUUUUUUAUAAUUAGGUAAUGGUUUUAUUAACUAUGAAGUCUUUUCUUUUUUUGUUAGGUCACGUGACAAUUAGUAUUUUUAAUAAAAAAAACUGACAUAAAUAUAA